CGCUUUUUGUUGCCCUUCCACAUCGCAGUUUUUCAUAAUAUCGAUGCGACCGAUACAGAACAAAACGAAAUCGAGUGACGAUUGUGAGAAAACUAUUAAUUUUUAAGAAAAUGGAUUCAUAAAGUAAGACAGUUUAGUUAGUUUAUAAGUGUAGAAAGUUGUGCACAUUAUUUGUCGCAUCCAGUGACCGAAUCCGGGAUACCCCGAGAGCAAAAUGACUUUCCUUAGUUUGCUGAGUUACUUCUCGCUGCUGGUGCAGAUCUGCUUCGUGACCGUGUCCAUAGCUGCUGGCCUCUAUUACCUUGCCGAGUUGGUAGAGGAGUAUACGGUCAUGGCCAAAAAGGCCAUCACAUGGAUGAUCAUGGGUUCCGUUCUGUUGUACAUCGUUUUCAUUUUUACGGAACGUUUCUCGUGGACACUAAUACUCUGCGGUCUUGGGGCGCAGGCCCUUCAUGCAGCCAUCCUGAAGAACUUCCCGUACGUGAAGUUCCUAUCGCCCUGCUUCCUAGGUGCUGUGAUAUUACUCCUGGCCAAUCAUUACUUGGCGUUCAUCUAUUUCCAGCAGCAAUUCCAUCCAUUCACCGAGGUAAUGGCAUACUUCACACUGUGCCUGUGGCUGGUGCCAUUCGCACUGUUCGUGUCUCUCUCAGCCAAUGACAAUGUCCUGCCGACGAGCAACGAGAGGACGCAUCUGUUAAGUGAUAACGACGUGGUGACGAACUACUUCUCCAGCCGCAAGAAGAUCGGUCUGCUUUCUUUGUUCAACUACGCGAAGGAAUCGCUUCUGCCCGAACGAAACAAAAAAGCAUUUUAGUUGUACUUAAAUGAUCUCCAGUUAUUACGUAAAACCACCCGCCAGUUGGAGGGUGUUAAUAGGGACUGUAAAUGUUUUGCCAUCAUUUGUACGACCACUAGGGUGUAAGCGUGUAAGGUACACUGUGUAACAUAAUGACGAAACUACAUAAAAUCUUAAGGUACGCACCUCAAAUGUGUUCUUUUGAACCCCCAUAAGCUACUGUGAAUGUUUGAGCGGAAUUCAUCCAAUCUGAAGGGUCUAAACGAGCUUGAAACUUGUAUGGAAAACCGUUCUAGUAUACCGUGAUGCUAUCAUAUUUCGCGCAUGCUCCUAAUUUCGCUCACUGCCAUAUUAUCCAUAUUUUUUGUUGUUACAUAUUAGACUAUAUGAUUACAUUUAAUGUAACUAUGAUUGAAGACAAUUAUUAAAGAUACUAGCCAGCAAAAAAUAAUUUCGCAAAAUAUGUUUAAAUUGUCAGUGAGCGAAAUUAGGAGCGCGCGCGACAUAUGGGUGCUUUACGGUAGGAGAAAAACUGUUCUAACUACAUUUGAGUCGAGUCAAGUACACGACACUGAAGACGGCUGCCAAAGGAUACAACUAGAUCUAGUGGAAUUAAAUGGUAUAGUACUAAAUUCAUACUUACAUUUUGAGCAUAAAUUGUAAAGAUUCUCCUAUCAGUAUAGAGAAAAGACGGGAAGAAAUAUGUUUAGUAAGUGCUCCGAUUUCGUUCAAAUUUAGUGACUUGAACAACGUUAGGCCUUUAGGCCUCAUCCACAAAUUACGUAACGCUCUAGGGGGAGGGGGAGUAGGCUCAAGCGUUACGUCUCAUACAAAUUUUUCAAUUUUUCCACACAAUGCGUUACGGAGGGAGGGGAAGGGGUUCAAAUUUUAGCGUUACGUAAUAAAUGGACGCUGCCUUACUUUUUUGGCAUUAAGAUGUCUUUGUUUCGGUAAGGAUGCUCCUAAAACUUUUUUUUCUAGCGUUCUCACCCCACGGGCUCACAAAGCAGUUUUAAAAAUACAUGUACACAAAAAUACGGUUUCUAGGACUAUAUAUUUUUUUCAAUGUUUGUAGUAUUUUAUUAAAUAUUUUUUCCUCAAAAAUGGUUCACUUGCAGUUCACGUUUGCAUGAAAAUUAAGCAUUAUUCUGUACUAGAAAGCAGUUGAAACACUUUCAAGACCUUCUUUUGUUGAUUUUAGAAAGAGAAAUGUGGUUAUUAAAUGUUAAGGAUGUUUGGCAGGUGGUUUCUUCAGCUUUAAAUAAUAAUUGUCUACUGGUAACAUUUUGCUAGUGAUUUUCCUGUUAAGAAAUCCUGUGAAUUCCAGGAGGAAUCUGUUGUUCAGAAUUAUCAAUGAAUUUGAAUUUUUUGCCGCUUUUAUUGAAGCGAAUUACCUUACAGAACUUCAUUACCAAAACUAAAAUGUGUUAGAUGCAAGGCAAAGUUUUGGCGAAAACUUUAAAUUAAAUAUAUUCGUGGACAAAUGAAAUAAAGCUAUUUAAUUCUAGAACAGAUGGGUUAAUUCUACGAGUGGCGUGAGGUGACAAAUGUCGGUAUCGUAUAGCGAGGUGACAAUUCUCGACUCAGAUCAUCGUAGAAAUUCAUCAAGGCAUACUUAGAAUUCACACAAGUUUCAUCAGAAAUUACACGCGAAUUUUUCAAAAUUUUCUUCAGAAAAAUCUGAAAAAAAUCCUUUACAUUUCCCUUAAGACAUCUCUUGACGAAUGAUUAGGACAAAUCUUUAACCUUCAAGGAUCCUUCAUCAAAAUCAUCGUCAUCAUCGAAACUUCAAAUUUUUGGAGGAAAAUGUCUUCACUGUGUUUUUUUGAUUGAAGAAUAGAAUCCAGUGAACACAUUUUCAUGUGAACUCUCUCACAAUAUCUUUAAAAUCAACAAUCCAGUGAACACAUUAUAUUAUAUACACACAAGUUUUUUUUUUUUUGUUUUCAGGUAAGAGCGCUCUAGAGUUCUUGUUUCCAAGACGAUCAUUACCAACCCUGAUUUCCCCAAGAUAUCAUCUAUAAAAAAUACAAUUUUUUGGGUACGUAGGAAAAGUCAAUUUGUUCUUAAGUACGAAUAGACUAUUUUCUUCAUAUCUGGCUUUGACGGUUCAAAGUAUUUUCAGAUCAUUUGAUAAGCAUUCUUGGUUUUCGUGAAGGUUAUAACAAAUUCAUCUAUUCUUUUCUUACUUUGUUUUCACAUUUAUAACAAUCCGAUUUUUUGAUUGAAGUCACAAAUACUUUAUCGUUAGACUUUUUGUUUAAGUGUUUCGAAGCCGAACUUCUGAAAAAUUCGUCAAUCAUUUCUGUAAUUUGAUAUUUAUGUAAUUUUCAAAACCUGAAAAUAUCAAGGAAUUUGAAUUCUGUAAAUGAUGAGACACCCUUUAGAAAAAUUAUUCUAACAGAGGCCUUAGAAUAAUUCAAAAAACAUUUUCUGAUUUGUUUUCAAAUGGACUUGCUAGCAGCAUUCUGAACUAAGCAAUAAAGAACAGAUACCUUCUACAAUGUCUGACAGAAUUCAUUCACAAUAAUUUUAUGAAUUUCCGGCAACGCUAUUGCACUUUCUGGAAAAAAAUCCUCAUUUUUUAACAGAAUUGACAGACAGAAAUUCAAAGCUUUCGAAUAAAUUGUCGGCGAAUCGGUCGGAGCAGCUUUGUUGAAAUUUCUUCAUAAGGUGAAUUUGCAAAUCCCUCCGGGGUUUCCUCCAAUAUUUUAGAAAUUGUACCAGAACUUGCUUUAGUUCUGUCUGAAAUCCAACCUAGUUUCCCGCCUAGUUUAAAAAAAUAUGCAAAGAUCGUCGCCAUAAGUUCCGCCAGAAUCGUUUCCGAAAGUUGGACGAUGUUUCAACAUAAACUUCUCCCAGUAUCUCACUACUUUUAAAAUAAAUCUUCGAGUUGUUUAGUGGAAUACCUAUAAGUAAAUGAAAAACAGAAUUCAGUACUAUGCCAUUUAAUUCCACUGUAAAGGAUCUUGUCCAAAGUUUUACAAGAUACGUUCUCGCGAUUUGGCGAAGUUCAUCCAAGAAAUAGAAAUUGCACUGUCGUUCGAUGGGCGAAAGAAGCAUUAGAUUUGUCUCUCAAAGUUUUGGUACAGUAUUAAACUUGGAUUCCAAGCUGUUUCACCUAAGGCGCAAGAUACAACAUUCAAUCAUCGCCAAUUAUCAAAAUUUUAAAACCAUCAGUGUUGCGAAGAAAAUUGAAUAAAUGGUUUUUCCUGCUAUUCAGAUAGCGAUCAAAUCAUUUUGUUUUUAAUAAAUUUUAUAUCAUUUAGGCGUCAGCAUUCUCAAUUUCCGGAGCAUAACUCAAUUUUUAUUCGUCAAUCGAAUUGUGAAGUAACCUUAUUGAGAGAAAUAGUACUUUUAAUCCUUUAAAUUGAUUGAAAAGUUUAAAUAACCAGUCUAAACAGGUUCUUAUUUUCAGUUGGUAGAACAAUCAACGGGCUAGACAUGAGUUAAAUCUUCAAACAUCUCUCGAUUCAAUAUCUUGUUGGGAAACCCUGUUUUAAACCAUCAAACGUGAAUAUCAAACCUAACUUCACCUGAAAAGAUGGGAAGUUUUUGCCGAACACAUUACCUCAGAUGUUAUGCCUUUUUAAGUUAUUCAAGAUUUACGCAGAAAUGUUUCUUCCUUGAAAUUCAAAACUGAAUAUCAUAGAAAUGUGAUCCAAUUGCUAGCAUAUGCCAUAAAUCUCAAAAAAAAAAAAACUGCAAUGAACCCUAAAAGAAACUACAAACUCGUUCAGCCUUUCUUAUAAUAGACGGAAUCCGCUCAAACUUUCACAGUAGUUCCUGAGAGUCCAGAUG